AUGGAUCAAUCGCAGCGCACAGUCGCUGCUGCUACGCCUUCGUCUUCUCGAUCAUACCAGUUCCACCCUGCGCGUGUCGCAAUUAUCGAUCUUUUCAAUCUCUACUUAGGAAGAGGAAACCGCCAAAAGCCCGAUGAAUCCGCCAGAGAUCCUCCGAACAAAUCCCAGAAGCGUGUUCACGCUCCUAACAGAGACUCACCUCCGAGAAACGAGCAAUUCAUUUCCGAUUUCGAGCAGCUUCAGAGCCAAUUCGAUGAUCCAGACCAACUGAGGACAAUCACGGAAUCAGUUUUGAUAUCUAUGGUGAUGCAAUGUAGCAAUCACGUACCUCGUGCUGAGUUUCUUCUCUUUGCUCUUCGUACAUUAUGUAGAAUAAGUUACAUCAACUGGGACACGUUUUUACCGUCUCUUCUCUCUUCCGUUUCCGCUGCUGAAGCGUCCAUAAGCCAAGCUGCUCAAGCAGCGGCUGGUUCUUCUGCUACUUCUUCACAGUUACCUUCGAAUGCUGUCCCUAGCUCGUCUAAUUAUCAUUCCACCAAUCAAACCUCACUGUUGUUGCCUUCAGCUCACGGUAUUGGUUCUCCAUCACCUUCAGGAAACGAGCCAGGUUCUGUCACUGCUUUGGUGAGAGCUUCGGAUAUUGCAAGAGCAGGCCAAACUGUGAGAGACAAUGCUAUGAGAAACAAUCAACGCGUGAGAGCUGCGGCGAUAAACUGUCUCCGCCAGCUCAGUUGCAAGAUUAUCUUGAUCGGCGUUGAAUCUAGUCUCAAACCUGUGACUCACGCCGAGGUUUUCCAGUACAUGAUUAAUUGGCUUCUGAACUGGGACAGGAGAGAUCUGGGGACUGAUGACUCUUCGUGGAGAUCUGAGAAGACUUUAGCUGAAUGGUUGAGGAGCUGUUUGGAUGUGAUCUGGCUGUUGGUGGAAGAGGGUAAAUCUCGGAUUCCGUUUUAUGAGCUGUUGCGCAGUGGCCUGCAGUUUAUAGAGAACAUACCUGAUGAUGAAGCCUUGUUCACUCUUAUCAUGGAGAUACACCGGAGGCGAGACGAGAUGGCCAAGCACAUGCUCAUGUUGGACCAACACCUUCACUGUCCAACGUUUGGUACUCAUCGCAUAUCGUCUCAGACAACUGCUAACGUUUCAGUUGAAGCUGUGGCACACCUUCGCUAUUCACCGAUUACAUAUCCAAGUGUGCUUGGGGAGCCUCUGUAUGGAGAGGAUCUGGCGAUGUCUAUUCCAAAAGGAAGCCUGGAUUGGGAGAGAGCAGUGCGUUGCAUUAGACAUGCUAUUCGCACUACACCAUCGCCGGACUGGUGGAAACGUGUUCUUGUUGUGGCCCCAACUUAUAGACUUCAAGCACAAGCAGGGCCUAUCCCUGGUGCAGUUUUCACUUCUGACAUGAUCUGUGAGGCAAUCAUUGACAGGAUUGUUGAGCUUCUUAAGCUGACCAACUCAGAUGCAAAUUGCUGGCAAGACUGGCUUGUUUUCUCAGAUAUAUUCUUCUUCCUAAUCAAAAGUGGGUGUACUGAUUUUGUUGAUUUAAUUGAUAAGUUGGUGUUACGCCUUAACGGUGCUGAUAAUCAUAUUCUUCGAACGAAUCAUGUGACAUGGUUGCUUUCGCAAAUCAUACGCGUGGAGCUUGUGAUGACUGCUUUGAACUCUGAUCCUAAAAAGGUGGAGACUACUAGGAACAUCUUAUCAUUUCACAGGGAAGAUAGAAAUUCUGAUCCCAAUAAUCCUCAGAGUGUGUUGCUUGACUUCGUAAGCAGUUGUCAGAAUCUACGUAUUUGGUCACUAAGUGCAACAACUCGGGCAUACCUAAACAAUGAACAACUGCUGAAGGGAAAACAGAUCGAUGAAUGGUGGAGGAGCAAAGGAGAGCGCAUGAUGGAUUAUAUGAAUAUGGAUGAUAGGUCGAUAGGCAUGUUUUGGGUUGUUUCCUACACCAUGGCGCAACCGGCAAGUGAAACCGUUAUGAAUUGGUUAUCUUCAGCUGGCGUGGCUGAGUUGCCUGGAUUAACACCAAACGAGAGAGUAAUGAUGACGCAGGAAGUGACCCCACUACCGAUGUCACUAUUAUCUGGCUUUUCAAUUAACUUGUGCUUGAAAUUGGCCCUUCAAAUGGAAGAAGCUUUGUUCGUUAGCCAGGUUGUUCCUAGCAUUGCAAUGGUUGAGACAUACACAAGAUUGCUGCUCAUUUCCCCUCACUCGAUGUUCCGUUCGCAUUUCAGUAGAAAUGCUUCUCUGCUAAGCAAGCCUGGGGUGACUUUGCUUGUUCUUGAGAUUCUGAACUAUCGUUUGCUUCCGCUGUACAGGUAUCAAGGAAAGAGCAAAGCUUUAAUGUAUGAUGUUACUAAAAUAAUUUCUGCUCUGAAAGGAAAACGUGGCGACCAUCGUAUAUUCAGACUAGCUGAAAAUUUAUGCAUGAAUCUCAUUUUAUCACUCAGAGACUUCUUCUCUGUGAAACGUGAAGGCAAAGGGCCAACUGAAUUCACUGAAACAUUAAACCGCAUAACCAUCAUGACUCUUGCUAUCACAAUCAAAACACGGGGUAUCGCAGACGCUGAUCACCUGGUUUAUCUGCAAACCAUGUUGGAACAAAUACUCGCGACGAGUCAGCAUACGUGGUCAGAGAAGACGCUGCGCCAUUUCCCAUCCCUCCUCCGUGACACUUUGAAAGGACGUGUAGACAAGAGGAGCCUAUCAAUCCAGGCGUGGCAACAGGCUGAAACAACUGUGCUAAACCAGUGCACUCAGCUUCUCUCGCCAUCUGCUGAGCCCGACUACGUAAUGACAUACCUCAGUCACAGCUUUCCUCAACACCGUCAGUAUCUAUGCGCUGGUGCUUGUCUGCUGAUGCAGGGCCAUCCUGAUAAGAUCAACAGCGCCAAUCUGACACGUGUUCUGGGAGAAGUUUCUCCUGAAGAAGUCACUUCUAACAUAUACACAUUGGUAGACGUUAUGCUUCACCACGUUCAUGUAGACCUCCAGCAAGGACUCACUUUAAAGGAUGCUCUACUCAAGCACGGUGCAAAUCUUGCAUUUUUCUUCUGGACGCACGAAAUACUUCCUCUCGACAUUUUUCUUCUGGCGCUCAUUGACCGUGAUGAUGAUCAGCACGCCUUGAUAAUUGCAAUAAGCCUACUUGAAAGGCCAGAGCUUAUGCAGAGGAUUCAAGUCUACUGCACAAACCGUGGGCCUCCUGAACACUGGCUUUUCACGCAGGUUUUCAAACGCAAUGAACUCCAGAAGGCCCUUGGUAACCAUCUUUCUUGGAAGGACAGGUACCCAACGUUCUUUGAUGAUAUUGCGGCGCGUUUGCUUCCAGUUAUCCCUCUAGUGGUGUACAGGCUCAUCGAGAACAAUGCGAUGGAGGCAGCUGAUAAAAUUUUGUCAACCUACUCAAAUUUUCUGGCUUAUCAUCCUCUCAGAUUCACGUUUGUUCGUGAUAUACUUGCCUAUUUCUAUGGUUAUCUUCCUAGGAAGCUUGUUGUGCGCAUUCUCAAAGUGCUUGAUCUUAGCAAGAUUCCAUUCUCUGAAUCAUUCCCACAUCACAUCAGCACUUCCAAUGCCCCUACAUGCCCGCCUCUAGACUACUUCGCAGCUCUUCUGCUUAAUCUCGUAAACAACGUUAUACCUCCACUUAGCAGCAGCAGCAACUGCAGCUCGAGGUCUGGCUCAGCGGCAGACAUCUUAAACAGCUCAGCGAGACCUCCUCAUGGAAAAGUUCCAGGACCAGCUCAGCCCGGACCACCAAACGCCUCUGAGGGACAGAAAGCAUUCUAUCAGAUCCAGGACCCGGGAACCUACACUCAGUUGGUUCUUGAUACGGCCGUGAUCGAGAUCCUCUCACUUCCCGUCUCCGCUUCUCAGAUUGUCUCUUCGCUUGUCCAGAUAAUUGUCAACAUACAAUCCACGCUUAUUCAAUCUGGCAACGGCUUCCAGGGUGCUGCAAAUGGUGUGGGGCAAGGUUCGGUACUGCCUACGUCUCCCUCAGGAGGGAGCACGGACUCCAUGUGCGCAAGCCGGUCCACAGCGAGCUUUGUCUCAAGAAGCGGUUAUACAUGCCAGCAACUGUCGUGUCUGUUGAUUCAAGCUUGUGGGCUUCUGCUGGCUCAGCUCCCUCCAGAUUUUCACACGCAGCUUUACAUGGAGACGUCACGUGUGACAAAGGAAACAUGGUGGCUUACUGACGGGAAGAGAUCGGAAGGUGAACUAGUCUCUGCUGUUGGAUAUGCUUUGAUGGAUCCUACAUGGGCUGCUCAGGACAACACCUCCACAGCCAUUGGAAAUAUAGUCGCACUGCUUCAUGCUUUCUUUAGCAAUCUCCCACAAGAAUGGCUUGAUGGCACGCAUGUCAUCAUCAAGAACCUCAGGCCUGUGACAUCUGUUGCAAUGCUCAGAGUCGCGUUCCGUAUUAUGGGGCCACUACUCCCAAGGCUUGCCAACACACAUACACUCUUUAACAAGACGCUAGCCCUUCUCUUGAGCACACUGGUCGAUGUUUUUGGAAAGAACUCGCAGACAACGGUCCCUGUGGAAGCAUCCCAGAUUGCAGAUCUUAUCGAUUUCCUACACCAUGUUGUUCACUACGAGGGACAAGGAGGAGCUGUACAAACUAGCAGCAAGCCGAGACCAGACGUCUUGGCGUUAAUCGGAAGAGCAGCAGAUUCUCUGAGACCAGAUGUACAACACCUUCUCUCUCACCUCAAAACCGAUCCCAACUCUUCGAUAUAUGCAGCUGCUCAUCAGAAUACAGCAAAGACCAGUACCUCUUGA